AGGCUCCCCAACAAUAGCGGGAGAAGAAAGACAGAAUUCCUCAACUGACAGUGCAGCCAGUACAUUUUACAGGUGUGAGUUGGGUAGACGUGCAGAGCAGACAUCAUGGUGGCCUUGUCAUUAAAGAUUGGUGUGGGCAAUGUGGUCAAGACAAUGCAGUUUGAGCCCUCCACCAUGGUGUAUGAUGCCUGCCGCAUCAUCAGGGAGAGAGUUACAGAGGCACAACUUGGACAGCCCAAUGACUAUGGACUGUUUCUCUCUGAUGAAGACCCCAAAAAAGGCAUUUGGUUAGAGGCUGGAAAAGCCCUCGACUACUACAUGUUGAGAAAUGGGGACACUCUGGAGUACAAGAAAAAGCAGAGGCCUCUGAAGAUCCGUAUGCUUGAUGGCACCGUGAAGACGGUCAUGGUGGAUGAUUCCAAAAUUGUCAGCGAUAUGCUCAUGACUAUCUGUGCCAGAAUAGGCAUUACAAACUAUGACGAGUACUCACUGGUGCGAGACAUUGGUGAAGAGAAGAAGGAGGAGAACACGGGCACGCUUAAAAAAGACAAAACACUGCUCCGAGAUGACAAGAAGAUGGAGAAGUUAAAGCAGAAGCUCCAUACAGAUGAUGAAUUAAACUGGUUGGACCAUGGGCGAACUUUGAGAGAACAAGGUGUUGAGGAGACAGAAAUGUUGUUGCUGAGGAGGAAGUUCUUCUAUUCAGAUCAGAAUGUUGACUCCAGAGACCCCGUACAGCUCAACCUUCUCUAUGUACAGGCCCGCGAUGACAUUCUAAAUGGGUCUCAUCCCGUCUCCUUUGACAAAGCCUGUGAGUUUGCUGGUUAUCAAUGUCAGAUCCAGUUUGGUGACCACAAUGAGUCUAAACACAAACCUGGAUUCUUAGAUUUAAAAGAGUUUCUUCCCAAAGAGUACAUCAAACACAAAGGAGAGAAAAAGAUCUUCCAGGCACACAAAAACUCCCAAAACAUGACAGAGAUUGAGGCCAAAGUCAGCUAUGUGAAGCUAGCCAGGUCUCUUAAAACUUAUGGAGUGUCGUUUUUUUUGGUCAAGGAGAAAAUGAAAGGCAAGAACAAACUGGUACCACGUCUUUUGGGCAUCACCAAAGAGAGUGUGAUGAGGGUGGAUGAGAAAACAAAGGAGGUGAUUCAGGAAUGGAACUUGACCAAUAUCAAACGUUGGGCUGCUUCACCUAAGAGUUUUACUCUGGACUUUGGUGACUAUCAGGAUGGUUACUACUCAGUGCAGACCACCGAGGGAGAGCAAAUUGCACAGCUUAUUGCUGGUUACAUUGACAUCAUCCUUAAAAAGAAAAAAAGCAAAGAUCACUUUGGGCUGGAGGGAGAUGAAGAGUCAACAAUGCUGGAGGACUCUGUGUCCCCUAAAAAGUCCACAGUGUUGCAGCAGCAGUUCAACAAAGUGGGUAAGGUAGAAACAGGCUCUGUGGCGUUGCCAGCCAUUAUGCGCUCAGGAGCCGGUGGUCCAGAGAGUUUCCAGAUGGGCUCCAUGCCUCAGGCCAAACAGCACAUCACCAGUGGACAAAUGCACAGAGGACACAUGCCUCCUCUGACUUCAGCUCAGCAAGCCCUGACUGGUACCAUCAACUCCAGUAUGCAUGCUGUUCAGGCUGCUCAGGCUUCUUUAGAUGACUUUGAUACACUGCCUCCCCUGGGGACAGAUGCUGCAUCCCAAGCCUGGCGCAAAAACAAGAUGGACGAGUCUAAACAUGAGAUCCAUUCUCAGGUGGAUGCUAUUACAGCGGGCACUGCCUCUAUGGUUAAUCUCACUGCAGGUGACCCAGCAGAGACAGACUACACAGCAGUGGGCUGUGCCGUUACCACCAUCUCCUCCAAUCUCACUGAGAUGUCAAAGGGUGUCAAACUAUUGGCAGCACUCAUGGAGGAUGAAGGUGGAAACGGACAACAGCUGCUCGGUGCUGCCAAGAACUUGGCCUGUGCUGUCUCUGACAUGCUGAAGACUGCGCAGCCUGCAAACAUAGAGCCUCGUCAGAAUCUGCUGCAAGCUGCAGGAAAUGUGGGUCAGGCCAGUGGAGAACUACUAUCGCACAUUGGAGAGACAGACACUGAUCCACAGUUCCAGGUAUUUAUAUUUUAAAUUCUAAAUUCAUACUUUAAAAAGU